AUAAAAACGAUAGUAUGAUGGUCAGACAACACAAGCCCUACUGUCAAGACUACGGGGUGGAACUCAUCCGACGCGGAAAUGCACCUGUUUUAGGUGCGUCCGUUCUUCUUCCUCCCAGAAAUUUUGGAAGACGAAAAGUAAACUAUUCCAACAUUCGCAAUCUAUAUAUAUGGGAAGCCUACAAACAGAAACAGCAAACAGAAACAGUACAGCUUUAGUUAUUAACUCCACUCAAAAAUAUUUUGGGCGUUCAUAUGGGCCACCAGACAUCGAAAUUGGAGCAAACAGACAAUGAUUCCGAACAGGCAUCGGGGUGGAAGCCAAUAUGCAAUGGUUCCGGAAAGGCAUCGGAAUUCAAGAAAACAGGCAAUGAUUGUGGACAUGCAUCGACAUCGAGGGAGAAAGAUACUGACCAGGAACCUGAACAAGCAUCGGAAUCGAAGCAAAUAAGCAAUGAUUUCGAACAUUCAGGACUUUCGCGCUUAUCCACCGUGGAUUGGAAAGAUGAACGUUACCGAAGAUCUGUAAUCGCCAGCUUGGUGAAGGGGGUCUAUGUACUGAAGGAUGACCAUCUAAGACACCGGAAAGGGAAAAAUGCUCUCGCACCACCAUGGUGGGAGUCCUUCGGUUUUAAUCUAUUGGAAACUUACAAGGAUAAAUGUGAUUGGUCCAUCUUCGGUGCUGCAUAUGAAUACAUAGCCACGUCCAACAACUACCAUGAUUUUAAAACGGCUCCAAGAUAUGUAAUUGCUUUUAGAGGAACAUCAAUAAAACAAGAUACUGUCCUCAGAGAUAUGAUUUUAAACAUAGAAAUUUUGGUAAAUAAACUUCAUCGUAGGUCUCGCCCAAAAAAGGCAAUACAAGCUGUCAAAAAAAUGGUUUCUGAGAAAGGAGCUGACCAUAUCUGGUUGGCAGGGCAUUCUCUGGGUGCUGCCAUAGCAAUGCUUGCAGGAAAAAGCCUGGCAAAGGAGCGUAUUUUCCUCGAAUCAUAUCUGUAUAAUCCACCAUUCAUUGCAGCUCCAAUGGAAUAUAUUAGAAGCACGAUGGUGAAGAAUGGGAUCUUUGUUUCUCGGUCCUUAAUCACAUUAUGUCUCGCAGCUAUGUUGCAAGAUGACCAAGAGAGGAAACGAUCAGAAAAUCUGUUCACGACCUUAUCACCGUGGGUACCCAAUCUGUUUCUGCAUCCAGAUGAUACUAUUUGCUCGGGGUACAUUUCAUAUUUCGAACAACGAGAAAUGUUGGAAAGCUUCGGACUCGAAAAUAUUGGGAGGUUGGUGACACGGCAUUCGUGGCAGGGGCUAUUUAUGAAUGCUAUUGGAGAGAAAUAUUGGUCAGAAGAAUUGCCAUUAAUUCCUUCAGCUAAUGUGACUACUAGUAGUUGCGAUUUUGAUCCUCACAGGCUUAGUCAAUGGUUCAAAGAUGAUUCAGUUUUAGACCCUAAGCUGUACCAAUACAAAGCUGAUGAAGUUGCAAAUUUGAUUGAAGGUGCCAAUUUCCUUAUAGAAAAUCAAAAAGAACCCACUGCCCCAUCUAGAGAUAUGCAAAACUUUGUUAGUGGGAUGGAACGCGCCAAUUUACCUGUUGCCACAUCUGGAGAAGGGAAAACCUUAGUUCUGUUUGGAAGAGUUGGGAAUGGGAAAAGUGCUCUUGGUAAUAGCAUAUUUGGAAAGAAGGAAUUCGUUUCAAAGAUUUCUGCUUCUGCUGUCACAACCACUUGCAAAUUAGGGACAACUAGGCUGGAUGAUGGUCAAGUUGUUAAUGUCAUUGACACACCAGGGCUAUUUGAUUUGUCAAGAGCAUCUGAUAGACCUGAAUUAUACUUAGCAAAUGAGGUGGUGAAUUGCAUGACUCUUGCAAAGGAUGGGAUCCAUGGAUUCAUUUUGGUUUGUUCUGUGAAAACUCAGUUUUCGAUUAAAGAGGAAGGUUUUAUUCAUAGAUUAGGCAAGAUGUUCGGAGAAAAGUUCUUUGAUUACAUGGUUGUUGUUUUUACUGGUGGUGAUCAACUGGACACGACCUUCAAUGAAUACAUAUCUACGUGCUCCUCUUCUUUACAGACAGUACUCCAGCUCUGCAAAAACCGAGUUUUGGUAUUUGAUAAUAGGACCAAAGAUGAAGUUCAGCGGAAAAAUCAGGUUCAGCAACUGAUGAAAUUUAUAGAAAAGAUUAGAGACGAAAACAGACAACCAUACAAGACUGAAGUCUUUGAAUGUACGUUCUCAGAUACAAGAGUCGCGUUACAGCUUUAUUCCAGACCCACCUAAAAUACAAAAUAUUGUUACUGUUAUGGAAUAACAUAUUGUUGGAUUUAGGCCACUUACACCAUCACCCUUUCACCUCCUCUCUUCCCUCUUUACUUUGUAACCACCAUCACUACCACCACAACUAGUAGUAAUAGGUAGUAAAUGGGUGCAUGACUUAAUGUCAUUGUAAAUGUUCAUAUUCUUUUCCAUAUAAAUGGAGAGCAUUUCUAUUGUAAUCUAACACACACAUCUAAUGAGAAUUCUUUUUCUUCUUUUCUCUCUA